AUGCUUCUCGUGAAGAAGAACCGCGUCGUUCCGCUCGCAGAUCUCACCACUGUCAUCGCGUGCUUUCCUCACCUCUCGCACGUGCAUCUGGGCGAUAACAGCGCGGAGAUGGUAGACGACGCCUUCCUCACUCACCUCGCUGUUGCGUGCCCCAAGCUCGUAUCGCUGCACAUAGGUAAAGGGAUCACGAAGCAGUGGAACCAGAUGGGCGGGAAAGGCUUUUCGGUAACCACAGCUGGUUUAGUGCGUUGCUGCACGCAGCUGCAGCACCUCUCGCUCUACCGCCUGCAUUCGUACGAGUACCUCCCGACGUCCCUCCCCAACCUCACGCACCUGCGCACCCUCGGCCUCACCCAUGCCGCACCUCUCCAGGUCCUGGAAUUCACGCGGUUGACGUCUCUCACGGCACUCGCCCUCGACAUUCCCGAUGAUGCCGAUCUGGACUUCGCGACUUGCUGCGAGGAGUUGGAGCGCCUCCCUGACGACAUAGGAGAUCGGCUGCCACGCCUUCGAGACCUCAGCAUCUGCGAGUGCAAGAAGAUGUCGGAGCUGCCCAAGCAGUUCACUGCCCUCAGCUGCCUGCAACAGCUGACCAUCUCCUCCUGCAGCCUCAUCACACUGCCUGAGAGUUUUGGAUGGCUGCCCGCGCUGAAGGCGUUGACGCUGUCGCACGUGCAGGUCAGAGGCCUCCCAGCGUCGUUCCACCAGCUCACCUCCCUGGAGGCCUUCAACCUGCUCCGCUGCGGCAACUCUUUCAGUUUCCCUGCAGCAUUCGGUGAUCUGGCAGCCCUCCAGUGCCUCUACAUUCUCAAGGGCCCAUACGCGAUGCUUCCAGAUCACAUUGGUGGGCUCAUUAACCUUCACACGCUCCAUCUGAGCUCAAGUUUCCCGCAGCAGUUGCUUCCAUCCUCCUUCACGCACCUGACCUCCCUGACCAGGCUGGAGCUGGUGGAGUGUGGGAUAGUUGAGCUGCCAGGGGAUUUGGGGAAUCUGAGCAGCCUGAGGGAGUUAAUUAUCCAGCCCUUCUCAGACAUCACGGAGAUACCCUAG